UUUCCUCGGGCCCUGACCGCGGGGGCCUGGGUGCCGGGUCGAGCGUUGGCGUUUGUAACAGCUCGCGGCCUAGCAGGAAAGUUGAAGACGUUGGAAAUUGGGCGUUAAGCUGGGAAUUAUCUUAGGAUCCUUCCCUGCGACCCAGACUCGAGUGCGCAUCGGAAUCACGAGGACCUAGAGUGAUUAUUACAAUGGAAGAAAUCAAUAAUUUUAAGACACCAAGCAAAUUAUCUGAAAAAAGAAAAUCUGCGUUAUGUUCAACUCCAUGUAUAAAAAUUCCUGCCUCUCCGUUUAUGCAGAAGCUUGGCUAUGGCACAGGGGUCAAUGUCUACCUUAUGAAAAGAUCUCCAAGAGGCUUGUCUCAUUCUCCUUGGGCUGUGAAAAAGAUUAAUUCUAAAUGUAAUGGUGAUUAUCAAAGUAUGUAUCAAAAGAGAUUAACUGAUGAAGCUAAGAUUUUGAAAAACCUUCAUCAUCCAAAUAUUAUAGGUUAUCGUGCUUUCACUGAAGCCAAUGAUGGUAGUCUAUGUCUUGCUAUGGAAUACGGGGGUGAAAAGUCUCUAAAUGACUUAAUCGAAGAACGAAAUAAAGACAGCCACAAUCCUUUUCCAGCAGCCACAAUUUUAAAAGUUGCUUUGAACAUGGCAAGAGGGUUAAAGUAUCUGCACCAAGAUAAGAAGUUGCUUCAUGGAGACAUAAAGUCUUCAAAUGUUGUAAUUAAAGGUGAUUUUGAAACAAUUAAAAUCUGUGAUGUAGGAGUCUCUCUACCAUUGGAUGAAAAUAUGACAGUAACUGACCCUGAGGCCUGUUACAUUGGCACUGAGCCUUGGAAACCCAAGGAAGCUUUGGAGGAGAAUGGUAUUAUUACUGACAAAGCAGACAUAUUUGCCUUUGGCCUUACUCUGUGGGAAAUGAUGACUCUGUGUAUUCCACACAUUACUCUUGCAGAUGAUGAUGAUUAUGAUGAAGAUAAAACUUUUGAUGAAAGUGACUUCGAUGAUGAAGCAUACUAUGCAGCUUUGGGAACGAGGCCACCUCUUAAUAUGGAAGAACUGGAUGAGACCUACCAGAAAGUAAUCGAGCUCUUCUCUGUGUGCACUAAUGAAGACCCUAAAGACCGUCCUUCGGCUGCGCACAUUGUUGAGGCUUUGGAAAUACAUGUCCAGUGAUCUCAUAUUCACAACUACCUGAGUUUCAAGUAGGGCUCAUAUAUAUAACUGUUCUCUUUACUGUAAUACAUUUAUGUAGUUACUGUGAGAAUCCAUAGUUAUUAGACUGUUUGAAAGUGGCCUAUUUUAGAACCAUAGCACCUUAACAUUUGAAAAACUUUGUAUUAUAAAGGUAUUUCAUGUAUACUUAUUAGUAUUUAAUAUCGUAGUGGGUUUUCUAUGAAACUUAAAAAACUUUUAGGCUUAAGGAACAAGUAUUGAAAUUUGUUCAUAGAGAUUUAGAAAUUUGUUCAUAGCAGCUCCUUACCUCUUGGUGAGUCUAGCUGUGUCUAUUUUGAUCCUCUGCCCAUUUAAAACUCCUAUGUCUAACAUUAAUUUGGGUAGGGGAACCAAUACUUUUAUUAGUGAUCUUCCUUGAAUAUUCUCUACUUAAAUGGAUCAAUUUAAAUUAGCACUUUGAAGUACAGAAGUUUGAUUAUCUAUUAAAACAUAAAACUAUGCUGGUCUUUCUUGGCUGAUAUGCUUAUUAAAUAGUCAUUGGAAGCUGAGAGAAUAUGGCACAGUAGCUCCUUGGGUAUUUCCAAACAUUGUCGGUUAAGGCUCGUCUUGUCCUCUUGGUUCUCCUCAGAUCUUUGGUGUUUGCUUUCAUUUAUUAAAUGUAUUUCUGUACUGAGAUCCUUUUCUAUUUUUUGUUUACUAAUCUAGCUCUUAAGCAUUUUAGAGCUCUGGUGUAAAAAUAAUAAAACUAAUAGGAUGAUAUAGAAUAAAGGACACUUUAGUUAACCAGAAGGUGUAUUAUCUAUUUUAUACUCCCAUUGAUCUGAGUGUUGUCAUUAAAGUUGCAGAAUGAAUGUGA